AUGGCUUUCAGGAGAUCCAUAAUUUCCUUGGUGAAGAACAAUCAGAUAUCAGCCUUCCGGACGAGUCUCAUAGAUGAAGCUUCAUCAUCCACAAUAAGACUUAUUCACACACACAACUCCAACAUUCGAGCAGAGUUAUUUAAAUUGCCACGGCGUAUUAUCUUAAUUCGACAUGGAGAAUCACUUGGAAAUGUUGAUGAUACAAGCUAUGCAAGUAUUCCAGAUUGGAAGAUUCCUCUGACGAGAAGAGGAGAACGCCAGGCAGCCCAUGCCGGUGAAGAAUUACACAACUUGAUCAAGGGAGAAAGAUUAUUCACAUACUGCAGUCCCUAUAAGAGAACAAUAGAAACAUGGGAUAUUAUGAAAGAGUCUCUCAAGGAAAAGGAUGAUGUGACACUCGUCGGGACUCGAGAAGAACCAAGAAUUGCUGAGCAGCAGUUUGGAAACUUUCAAAACCCUAAAAAGGUUAGAACGGCCAAGGUGGAACGACGAACCUUUGGACGGUUCUUCUUCCGAUUUCCAAAUGGUGAAGCAGGUCUUGAUGUAUACAACCGAGCGAGUAGUUUCUUGGCAACUUUAUCUAGAGAUCUUCAAUGGUUGGAAGCGAAUUCGGUUCCCAUGGAGGAUCUGAAUAUCCUCAUCGUCACACAUGGAUUGACAUUGCGAUUGUUGCUGAUGCGAUACUUUCAGCUGACGGUCGACGAAUUCGAGAAUUCCUACAACAGUCAGAAUGCCAAGCUUGUGAUUAUGGACCGACUUGUCCGAGAGGACAACUCUGAGUUCUUCCGAUUGGAUGACACUUCCACAGAAGCCUUGAAUUUGAAAGGUGAGGUAUCCAGCGAAAAACCCGUCUAUUGGAGAGGGAGCGCGUUGGAUGUUGACCCGUACAAUGAUGCCAGCGAUUCCUGA